AUGGAUACCGAAGCAUCUGCGGAGGGAGUUGCUUCUAGUAGUAGUGGCUCUCACAGUUGGUCUCGCCGAGGCAGACGACACCAUGCGGGAAAAAGAGAGUCUGGGCUGGGUGGACAGGCGACCUGGCUAAGCAGCGUUAUAAACCUGCUCAAUACAAGUGAGUUUAGACGAGUCGAACAGCCCAAAUCGUUUCCCGGAAGAUUGGAUUUUAAUGCCCUGGUAGUUGUUGGUGCUGGUGCUCUUGCAAUGCCCAGCGCCCUCGCACGGAUGGGAAUCACCCUCGGGGUCCUUAUUAUCCUAUGGUCGGGAAUCGCAGCCGGUUUUGGUCUCUAUCUACAGUCGCUAUGUGCCCAAUAUUUGGAUAAAGGAGCCGCAUCCUUCUUCGCCCUAUCGCAGAUCACAUAUCCGAAUGCUGCCGUCAUAUUCGAUGCAGCAAUCGCCAUAAAAUGCUUCGGCGUAGGCGUAAGCUACCUGAUUAUCAUAGGAGAUCUCAUGCCUGGAGUAGUCCAAGGUUUCGGUGCGGACGCUACUGGGAUGGAAUUUUUACUUGAUCGUCAUUUCUGGGUUACGGCGUUUAUGUUGGUUGUAAUUCCGCUUUCGUUCUUGAGACGGCUGGAUUCGUUGAAAUACACGAGCAUCAUAGCUUUAACCUCUAUUGGCUACCUGCUCGUCUUAGUCGUGGCUCACUUUAUCAAAGGAGACACAAUGGCGGAGCGUGGCCCGGUUAACUAUUUUAAAUGGCAAAGCGCAGUGUCUGCCCUGAGCGCAUUUCCGGUUAUGGUGUUCGCAUACACCUGUCAUCAAAAUAUGUUCUCAAUUCUCAAUGAAAUUUCCAACAGCACACACUUCAGAACAACCACCGUUAUUGUCUCCAGCAUUGGUAGCGCUGCCUUUACAUAUAUCCUUGUCGCAAUCACAGGCUAUCUUUCCUUUGGAAACAAUAUUGGGGGGAAUAUUGUUGGCAUGUAUGCGCCGUCAUUAUCAGCAACGGUAGCCCGUGCUGCAAUUGUCGUCCUUGUAAUGUUUUCAUACCCGCUUCAGGUUCAUCCUUGCAGAGCAUCGCUAGACGCUGUUCUUAAAUGGCGCUGGAGUCCCAAAUCCUCAUCCAACACUGCCAACUCCUCACCUAACCGCAACCCGCUUCUUCCGCGACCAAAUCAACUUCAGGAUUCCAUGGGAGAUGCUCGGUUUGCAAUAAUCACCACUAUCAUUAUAAUACUAAGCUACAUGGUUGCCAUGACUGUGUCAUCCCUUGAAGCCGCGCUGGCCUACGUAGGGAGCACCGGCAGCACCAGCAUUAUUUUCAUCCUUCCUGGCCUUUUCUAUUAUAAAAUCUCCUCCCCAGAGUCUGCCAUACAUCAACAAUUGAUGAAGGAAAAUGACGAAGCGGCCGCUGACGAUAUGUCAGAUGUUGGCGCGGAGAGCGAGGGACUUCUGAGCGCCAGUGGCCUCCUCUCAGCUAGUGGAAUCCUUAAACGAAACACACGACAGUGGCGAAAGGCUCUGCUACGCAAGCUGAGCCUGGGCCUCGCAAUAUACGGUGUUAUCGUCAUGGUUGUUUGUCUGGUUACAAAUACGUUCUUCCUUGCAUCUCACCAAUAA